ACAUUUUCCUUCUGGUUGCGGGGAGAGACGGCUGUCCCAGAGCCGUGUCCGGACCUUGCCCUGGCCGUGCCAGCUCCGUGCCCGCUCCGUGCCCGCUCCGUGCCCGCCCUGCGGAGAAGGGCGCUCCGCUCACGAUGCGCUGGCCCCGACGGCGCUGGGUCCCUGCGCUGCUGCUGGUCACGGUGGCUUAUCUGGGAGCCAGUGCUGUCCACUUGAGGAGGAGGGACAGCUUGGAUUCCUUGGAUGUAGGCUGGCUGGGUGAAGAUGGUUAUUACAUGAACAGUGGUGGUCUCUAUUGCAAGAAGUGCCCUGCAGGCACCUACAUUUCCAAGGAGUGUGAGGAGCAGAGAGGCUCUAGCACGUGUGUGUCCUGCAGAGCCAGGGAAUACAUGGAAUAUCCAAACGCCUUCCACUCGUGCCAGGAGUGCUCAGUGUGCAGGGAAGAUCAGGUGGAGCUGAGUCUCUGCCACUCCCAGAGGAACACGGUGUGUGUCUGCAGGAACGGCACCUUCUGCCCCCCGGAGCACCCCUGCGAGAUGUGCCAGAAGUGCCAGCCCAGGUGUCCUGAGGGUCAAGUGGUGCUGAAACCCUGCACACCUUACAGUGACCUCCAGUGUGGUCCUGACCUGGACACCUCUUCCACCUACCUCAAGAUCGUCAUCCCAGUGGUAAUUGUGAUGAUAGCGAUCCUGAUUGUGAUUGCUGUCUGCUACUGGAAACUCUUCUGCAUCCCCCCAGAGGAUGGCAGACCCUCGAGCAGGAUGGCCUAUGAAAUGGUGAGCUCCAUGUUUCAGAAGCUGCCGUGGUGCAAGACAGAGGACGUGGGGACAGAUGACAACGUCACCAACACGCAGGCAGAGAGGGAGUGGCAUGGCAGGGCACCAGAGAGACAGGAGAUGCUGCCGAGUGAGACUGAGAGACCCUGGAGGAGUCUGGUUCCAGCACCAGGGUAUGAUCCCUGUAAAGCGCUGCAGUGGUCCUUCUACACCUUUGGGAUGAAGGUGCUCAGAGAGGACUGGAAGAGAUUCGGCCGCAACCUGAACCUGGAGGAGAAUGACAUCACCAUGGGCAGGUCACUUGAUGACUUCUACGAGAUGAUGCUCAGGUGGCAGAACAGGGAGGGCUCCAAGGCCUCUGUGACCACGCUGCUGGACACCCUGGAGGACCUCAGGCUCCGCGGGGUGGCAGAGAAUAUCUGCGACACGCUGGUCCAGAAGGGAUAUUUUCAGAAACGAGCUGAAGGGAGCGGGGCACACACUGCACCUCCCACAGCAGGGAAAGACUCAGAACAGUUGGAUCGUAGCUGUUUGUAGCUGUUUGUAGCUGUCCUGUGGCUCCUCCACUUCUGAAGCCAUCAUGAAUUUUCAGCUGGGCCAGGAAGAGCUGAUCCUAAUGUGAAGUACAAGCCUCAGGGGCCUUUCUGCUGGAGUUACAGGUUGUGCUUCCUCGUGGAAUCCAAGCUGGUUUCUUGAUUUCACUGGGUCAACACCAAGAGCUUCAAAUCAUUUCAAUCUGCCUCGGACCAGCUCUCUUGGAAGCACUGGUACUACCCAGAUUUUUUUGGGAUCUGUGCAGAAAAGGACUUUUGGCAUCCCUGGGCUUUUGAACUGGAUCAUCCUUGAUUCUCAAAGGAUUCCUGGCAUCAUGAAAUGGCUUCUGCUUCUAGAACAUCUCUGAGUAAGCUUUAUUCUGCACGCUUGGUGGUUCUGCAAGCUCAGCUGGGGUGUUAGGCUACUUUUUGUCUAGUUAAUUUUUUUGGUUCUGUUUUUGUUUUACAUAAUUCUGCUUGUUCUUCAGAGCCAGUUUAAAACUGGGCUUGGAGGGGGAAUGAUUGAUUUGCACUAAGGACACUGGGGUUGCCUGGGGAAAGGGACAAUGCAGGGGGCCACCCAGCCCAGCCCCCUGCCAGGACCAGGGACCUCUUCUACUCCACGAGGUUGCUCCAAGCCCCAUCCAGCCUGACCUUGAAUGUUUGCCAGGAUGGGGCAGCUUAUCUGGGCAGCCUUUCUGGCAGUGUUUACUCAUUGGGAAAUACUUCCUUGCAAUAUCUAAUAGAAUGUGAUUUUCACUCGGUUUAAAGCCAUUCCCGUGUCCUGGCACUCCAGGCCCUUCUCCCCCUCUCCUGGAGCCCUUUUAGGUACUGGAAGGGGCUUGAAGGUGUCCCAGAGCCUUCUCUUCUCCAGGCUGGACAAUCCCAGCUCUCCCAGCCUGGCUCCAGAGCGGUUCCAGCCCUCGGACCAGCUCCGUGGCCUCCUCUGCAUUUGCUCCAGGAUUUCCACGUCCUUGUGGAGGCCCCAGAGCUGCAGGUGGGGUCUCCCCAGAGCUGAGGAGAAGGGAACCUCCCCUGGUGGCCCCGUGGCUGUGGGGUGGCUCUGCUGUCCCUGUGCUGUCCCCCAGCCGGGGGGUGAAAGCACUGAGUGUGAGCGUGCCCGUGGUACCUCCUGCCCAUCCCAGCCGUGGGCAGAUCCUCAUGCACGGCACCUCACACAGAGCUCAGGGACAGCCUGGCUGGGAAAACAGCUGGGAAAACAGCUGGAAAACUACUGCAUUACUUGAGCUGCCACCCCAGUCCAGCCCAGUCCACCCAGUGUGGUGAGAGGGUGCUCUGCACCCUUACUGCUGCUCCCACUCUCCCUCACCCUCCAAGACAAGUAGAAAUUUUUGUUCUUAUUUAUUUAGUAAUUGUAAAUGUUACAUAUAUUAACUUGAAAGCUUUAUAAAAAUAUUGGGGUUUUUUGUUAUGCAUGGUUGUGUGUUUUGUACAGAGCUCUGGCCCAGCCAGUUUGCUUUUUCAGUAUUUUACAUUUCUCUGUAUAUGAAGGGUUAACUUUUUUAAAAAAAAAAAAUUUUCCUGA